GUACCAUCCCAUCCCACAGUCUUUAAAUACUGCAACUCUCUGCACCUUCCUUUCCUCCUAUUUUCUACUCUUCAAAAAAACCCAAUUCAUCAUAACGUAAAAGGGUUUUUCGAUUCACAAUGGGAGAGAAAAAGAAUGGAAACAAGAAAGGAGGGAAUGAAGGAGAAAAGAAGGAAAAGGGUUCUUCGAACUUCGUUUUCAAAGUCGAUUGUCUUUGUGAAGGAUGUUCCUUCAAAAUCCUCAAAUGCAUUCGUGAAUUUCAAGGGGUGGAGACGGUGAAAACAGAGAGCAACUCGAACAAAGUGACUGUACAGGGAGCUGUGGAUCCGGCCGCCAUUAAAGAGAAACUCGUGAAGAAAACGAGGAAGAAUGUUGACCUCGUUUCACCUCAGCCGAAGAAAGAUGAUAACAAAGAAGAGAAAAAGGAGAAAAAACCAGAGAAAAAUCAAGCUUCUGAUGACAAUAAUAAUAAGAAACCAGAGAAGAAACCCAAAGAGGCCCCUGUAACGACGGCAGAUUUGAAGGUGCAACUGAAAUGCCAGUGCCAGGGAUGCAUUGUUAAGAUUCGCAAAAUCGUGUCCGAUACCAAAGGUGUGCAUGAGUUCAAAGUAGACGAGGUGAAGGAGUUGGUCACAGUGAAGGGGACUAUGGAUAUUAAGGCCUUGGCUGAGGCAUUGAAGGACAAGCUGAAGAAGAGUGUUGAGAUUGUGCCACCUAAGAAAGAGAAAGAUGGCAAAAAUGAGGGUGGCGAGAAUGGUGGCGGCGGUGAUGGAGGGAAAAAGAAGAACAAAGGUGGCAAUGGCGGUGCCGAAGAUGGUGGACAUGGUGGUGGUGGUGGUGUUAAGAUGGAAGGAAGCAAGAUGGAAUUUAUGGUUCAACCCCAAUUUGGAUAUAUGCCCGCUUACCCAGGAUAUGAGCACCCGGGCUAUGGGUUCGGUUACGGGCACGGCUACUCCGGGUACGUGCCGGGUUACCCAGUAUCUGUUCAUCCUCCUCACCACAUGUUCAAUGAUGAGAACCCUAAUGCUUGUGCCAUUAUGUGAGGAGAAAUGGAUUUUUAAUGGCGUAGGGUUUUAUGUUAAGGAAUGUGUAAAUAAGAAAUAGAGAAGCAGAGAGUUUACUUGGAAGUCAACAUUUUGGGUUAAACUUGGAUGGCAUUUUAUAAAAUGUUAAUUUUAGGGUUUUGAUAUUGUAAUUUGGUGUUGCCAUUUUCAAUGCGAUUAGUGUUGUUUUGCGCCUA